AUGCAAGGCACAGUCGAAGUGGAGAUGGGGGAAGCUCUCGCUGCCGAGUUCGGCGCCCAGCUAGCACACCAACUUGGUUAUCAAUCCCCCAUUCUUGAGAUGGACUCCCUCUCUCUGGUUAAGAAACUCAAGCAUUCGAAUGAUGAUCAUACUGAGGUGGGUAUCCUCUGUCGACGCAUAGUGAGCCUAUUGCAGGCUAAUGGCUCCAACUCGGACAGUAUCGCUCAUGUUAGACGUACUGCAAAUAAUGCGGCUCACAUCAUGGCUCACUGCGAGACCCAUUGGGAUAGUAGAGAAGUGUGA